GCUGCCUGCUGGGAUACGUCACCUGCUUUUAAGAUUCACCUCCAUUGAACCCAAGGACUCAGAACAGUACCCUCGUAUUAAAAAGCAAGCCUACGAAACCUUGAGUUUGAAAGAGCCAACAAUGUCAUCAGACAAUUACAACGAAAAAUUGACAGCCGCCUCGAACCCAGACACCGAGGACGAAUGGCAGAUUGUAAGCAAGGAAGACACUCAACCUGAUGAUUUGGGAAAGGACGAGAACAAGGAGGUAAUCAAGGAGAAAACUUCUGAUAACUCUGAGAGGAGUGCCGCGGAGGAGAAGAGAGAAUUAGCAAAGGCAAAAUGGGAGGGCAUGCAGCCACAGAGGGGCGGCGUGUACCCUGAUAGAGAGGUCAAGACCCCAAGCUAUCCCCUGUUCACUGGAAACUGGUAAGGGAUUCUUGGCGCGUGUUUCUGAAUAUGAUAUGAAGUCUAUUCAAGAAGAUCCUUGGUCCAUG